ACCUUCCUCAUUGAACUAAUUGAUCAUCUUUAAACGGGGAUUUCCGUCGUUUUUAAGUAGUUUUAAAUGUGGGAAUAGUGUGUUUGAGCAGAACCCCACAGAUGCGUUUUUUACUGGUUCCGAUCUCUUCUUUCGUGUCCAGUUUCACGCGGUUAUUGAACGAACUGUUCAACUUUCCAGGAUCCGGUUCCAUUGAGCUCGGCUCGGAUAUUUGAGUUUGCAGCUGGAUUCCUACCCGAACUCUGCAGCUGAUCAUCAGACUGGACUGGACCGGACCGGACCCUGAAGUCGCUGUCCUAUGUAACCAUGGAUUAAUAUCACUUAGUUUUAUUCUGGGUUUGGAAUGGUCCAUCAUCUGCAGCUCAGACCUUCACAGAGGCAGAAAUGACCACUUGUUGCGGAGGAGUGUGAAAAACAAGAGGAGGAGCGCUUUGUCCUCUGCUGUUGGAGCAAGUAGCUUCAUCUUCAUCAUCAUCGUCACACAUCGGGUCUCUCAUUUGUGGUCAGAGAGGAAGAUGGAAUCCCAGCAGCUGUGGACACACAUCAUCUUCAUCAUCUCAGUAUGUUUGGUUUCCCUGAUCUCCUGCAGCGCAGAGAUGCCAGAUGAAGAAAGCAUCAAUGCUGAGGCCUGGCUUCGUCACUUUGGUUACCUGUCACAGGCGAGCAGACAGAUGUCCACCAUGCAUUCAGCUCAGAUUUUAUCCAAAGCCAUCAGCGACAUGCAGCGCUUCUACGGCCUGGAGGUGACCGGUGAGAUGGACCCUGCCACUACUGCGGCGAUGCGGCGGCCUCGCUGUGGCCUCCCUGAUAGAAGACCUGAGGAGGCCAUUAACAAGGCGAGGAAGAAGCGCUACGCCCUCACAGGGCAGCGAUGGGAUAAAGAACACAUCACUUACAGUAUAAUAAAGCAGCAGAUCCCAUACUUACUGGGUGAGGAGCGGACCUAUGACGCGAUCCGCAGGGCCUUCGAUGUGUGGACACAUGCAACGCCGCUCACCUUCAAGGAGAUGCCUGCAGGAAGCAGCAUCAACAGCAGCCAUGCAGAGCUCAGCGACAUCCUGCUCCUCUUUGCUUCUGGUUUCCAUGGUGAUAUGUCUUUAUUUGAUGGCGAGGGCGGGUCGCUGGCCCACGCUUACUAUCCUGGACCAGGAAUAGGCGGAGACACACACUUUGAUGCUGAUGAGCCGUGGACACUGGACAACGAGAACCAGAAUGGUAUAGACCUCUUCCUUGUUGCAGUGCAUGAGCUCGGCCACGCUCUGGGUCUGGAACAUUCAGAUAAUCCCAGUGCAGUGAUGGCUCCUUUCUACCAGUGGAUGGACACACAGAACUUCUUCCUGCAUGAGGACGACAUCAGAGGAAUCCAGCGCAUAUAUGGUUCUCCUCUAGCCACCGAUGCUCCACCCACUUCUCCUCCCACUCCUGAUGAUGAACCUAAUAACAACUCCCCCACCUUCCCCCCAGUUCCUGAAGAUGACCCCAUGUCCUUGUUGCCCACCCACUCCCUUCCUGAAUCCUCUGACCCAACCGAAGGCAACCUGGAUCCCCUACCCCAGCCGAAUCCAAGCCCCACAUUCCCUCGUGCCCUGCCCACAUCUACCCCCACCAAGUCCGGGACUGAACCAGGACCCGAGCCGGAACCUGUCACCCCACUAGUUAGAAGGGAUUUCCCACCUCCGCCCAGACCUCCUAAGGUGCCGGACAAUGAGCCCCCCAGCAUCUGUGAUGGGGACUUCGAUACGGUGACCAUGCUGAGGGGGGAGAUGUUUGUUUUCAAGGGACGCUGGUUCUGGCGGGUUCGGAGGAACCGGGUCCUGGAUAACUACCCCAUGCCGAUAUCCAUCUUCUGGAAUGGUCUCCCUAAUGACAUUGAUGCAGCCUAUGAACGACACGAUGGCAAAUUUGUCUUCUUUAAAGAUGAUAGAUAUUGGCUGUUCAGGGAGGCAGACGUGCUGCCUGGGUACCCGCAGCCCUUGUAUCAGUACGGGCGAGGAAUUCCCACGCACAAGAUUGAUACAGCUAUUUGGUGGGAGCCAAAUGAGUACACAUACUUCUUCAGUGGGGACAGGUACUGGCAUUACAACGAGGAGACUCGGACCACAGACCGCGACUUCCCCAAACCAAUCAGCAGUUGGGGCAAGAUCCCUCCCUCCCCCAGAGGAGCCUUCCUCAGUGAUGAUGGAGCCUACACUUAUUUCUACAAAGACUCCAAUUAUUGGAGGUUUGACAACCACAGAACAGAGGCAGACAAAGGCUAUCCACGCUCCAUCCUGAAGGACUUCAUGGGCUGUGUUGGAGUCCCCGAUCCAAAGCUAGACCCAGACCCAGACAAUGACCAAAAGCCAGAGGGGAAACCAGUCCGUCCUACACACCCAAGCAAAGAUGAGCCCACAAAGCCCGACAGCAACCAGGACGUGGAGACCAAGCCUGACAGCACAGGGGAAGACGAGGACAAAGAGGUGAACGUGGUCGUCACUGUGGCUGACAACAAAUCAAAGGUCAUGACCCUGAUCAUGGUGACUGUCCCUUUGGUGCUCAUCUUGUGCAUCCUCAUCCUGAUCUACGCCAUCCUCAGAACUCUGCAGAACAAGGAAACCCCAAGAGCCUUGGUGCACUGCAAGCGUUCACUGCAGGACUGGGUGUGACAAAUAUAAAAGAUAGAACAGCCGUUCAUCAUUUCUGCAGUGCGGUCUCUAUCAUUAACCUUUUUAUUGAACGUGUGAGGAAAAGAGGUUUCAGAGAGCUGGCGGUGGGUUACUUCAACAUUCUGGCCCCAGUUAUACUUUGUGAGAAGUAGGGAGGUCCGUGCCUGUGGAACUACAGUUUCCCUCAUUCUGCCCUUAAAUGUAGCUCUGCCAGAGUCCUGUUCUUUGUGCCUUAAAAUAGUCUAAAAUUGUGCCUGUGUUUCUUAGAGAAUGUGUCACUGCAUAAAAUAUCUUUUAGCCACGUUAUUUGGACUGUAGAAAACACAGCACACUUUUCUAAUAGUUUCUGUAUUUCUGCUGGUUUGAGGGAUCCACCUGGAGCAAAAAUGCAGGAAAAGUAAAUAAAACACAUAGAAAUGUACAAACUGACAAAGGUGCUUCACUUACUACACAGCCUUGCAAAACUAUUAAUACUCCUUCAACUUUUUCAUGUUUUUUAUCAAUAGUGACAACCACAAACGUCUAUUAUUAGUACAUUUUAUUAGGAUUUAAGAUUGAAGUAGUGAAGAUCUGAAGUGGAAGGAAAAUAAUACCUGGUUUCAGUGUUUUACUAAUAAAAACCUCAAAGUGUUUUCUUCCAGGAUGUCCUGGAUUUAGCUCCAUCCAUCUUCCCAUCAACUCUGACCAGCUUCCCUGUGCCACAGCAUGAUGCUGCCAUCACUAUAUUUCACUCUAGAGAUGGUGUGUUCAGGGUUUUGGUUUUUACCCAGACAUAAUAAUUUAAAUGUUGGCCAAGCAGUUCAGUUUUAGUCUCCUUUGAUCAGAGCACUUUUUCCACAUGUUUGCUCUGCUUCUUUUCUGGUUUGUGGCAGACUGCAAACAAUACUUCUGGCUUUUUAAAACGACCACUUUCUUCUUGCUCCUCUCCCAUUAAAGCUGCUGCAGGUAAAUUUUGUAAAAAUGAAUUUUCACAUAUUUGUUAGAACUGUCAAUAUAUCCCAACAGUAAAAUAUGAGACAGAUGAUCUGGGACAAAAUCCAGCUCCUCUGGUUCCUCCCAGUGGUCCUACUGCCAUUUCCAGAAACACGCUACUCCCAUUCAGAACCAACCCAUCAGAGCCAGGAGGAAUGUCUUAGCAGUGUCUCGCAUCCCUCCCCCCUGCACAGCGCGUACCAUUGUUCAAGUUCAAGACUGCUGGUGUGCUGCAGCUGUGCUAAUGAUUUAAGGACCAAGCUUUUAGUCAAAGUAUGGGCAGGUCAUAGUCAAUGUAAAGCAUAUCGUUGAUGUUUUGUCUCUACCAGUGAAUGUGCCAUAGCCGUCAUUGGUGGCGCUGCUUACUGGCCUGUGUGUUCCCAGCAGGCUUUGCUAUGGAGGGAGGAGCUGUAGCACAGCGGAGAGCAAGGGGGAGGGACCUGCAAAGUGUGCUUGUACAGGCUAAAUCCAAAGAUUUUUCAGAACUCCCUACUGCAGCUUUAAGAACAGAUUUGUGGUUCUAUACAAAUAAUUGUCCUGUGUAAAGAGCAGUGGAGCUCUGCAGCUCCUCCAGAGUUACCAUGGUCCUCUUGUCUGCUGAAUUAAUGCUCUCCUUGGCCAGUCAAUCAGGUUGGACGUCCAUGUCUUGGUAGGUCUGCAGUUGGUCCAUCCUGUCUUCAUGUUUAGAUGGUGGGUUGAACAGAGCUCUGGGAGAUGCUUAAUAUUGGGAUGUUGUUGUAAAACCCAACCCUGCUUUUGACUGAUCCAGAACUCCCUCCCUGACCUGUCUGCUGUGUUCCUUGGCCUUCAUGACACUGGUUGUUCUCUAAUGUUCUCUAAAAAAAACCUCUGGGGCUUUCAGAGAACAUCUGAAGCUAGUUUAAAUUACACACAGCUGGACUCUGAUUAGGUGACAUCUGUUGGCAGUAGGUUGAACUGGACUUUAUUUAGGGGUACCAGAGUCAAGGAGCCUGAAUAUUUCUAAAUAUUUCAGCUUUGAAAAGCUUUGAAAAUCAGGAAUCGUCUUCCUUCCACUUCCCAGUUCUGCUCUGCUUUGUGUUCAUCUGUCAUAUAAAAUCCCAAUAAAACCCACUAGUUUGUGGCUGGAAUGAGACAAAGUGAGAAACGUUUAAAGGGUGUGAAUACUUUGCAAGGUUCUGUAGAACAAGAACAUGUCGAUGAGAACAGGUCUUCCAUAUGUUACCUUCAGGUUCUCCAACCAAUCCUGGUGUUUUUCUCCAUGUCCAACAGAAAAUGUGCACUGUGCUGCUGCUGCUGCUUCUUGCAGAGCAGAGCUGAUUUCUGUGAAACUCCGACUGGCGCAGGAAUGUUGGACAGAUGCGUGUCCAUGACCGCCCAUCCCCCGCCGGGCCCUUAAUGCCCCCCCAUCCCUUACACACACGGUUCAGUGUCACAUGAUUAGCCAAUCUGUUCAUAUAUGUUCACAUGCAGAGACACACAGAAACGACUUUUAAAAGCACAACGCCUUCUCGUGCACAGACAUGCAGGCUCCAGCCUCCCCCUCCUGCAGCCUCACUAGCAGCUCCGCCUGCUGCACUAAAACACAAUCCCAGUGGACCCAUAUUGAUACAUGCUUGGUGCCGGUGCUGGGAAUUCUUCACUGUUUAUAAAAGGAAUAUAAGUGACAUUGUGCUUAACAAAUGUCUACAUUGUUCUAACACACCUAAAAGAAAUGCAGCAGCAGGGCUCCUCUGUUCCUCUUCCUCUAUCUUAAUUUCUUACAUUGUGAGGUAAAGAGUUAAAGCUGAUUGUAAACACAGGGAGAAGCCUGCAGGCUGCAUCAGAAUGGGACGAGGUCUGGUAUGGAUUAAUCCCACAUGUUGCUGAUUUAGUGGUGAAGGCAUGAGAGGAGGAGGAAAGAAAAUGAAACCCGCCUGUAAGAAUGAUCGUAGCUAAAAACAAGAGAAAAGAAGUUGAUGCAGACUGGUGAGAGCAGAGGGAGCUUUUCUUUUCCAUGACUUUGCUGAAAAGGAAGGAAGGAAAGAGGAGAGAUGGAAGGACGGAAGGAAAGAGGAGCAAUGCUGGCGUUGCACUUCCUGACUUAUAUUCAGUAGCUGAGUCCUCUUUUUCAGCUCCUAUAAGAAACAGCUGAUAUCUUUUACUGUAACUUUACUUUUUCUUCAUGUUUUCAUUAUCUCUUCUACUCUUGUGGAAAAUCUUCUCCACCACUUAAAAAAUAAUGAAUACAUCUGUCAGAUAUGGUUAGAUCUUGUCUGCAUGCUUCCUGCAGGGCAUUCCAGUCUGGCAGUCCUGUCUUCAGUUAUUCGUGGUUAAACUUUAGUAUCGUAUCAUUAACCCCUGAUUGAUCACAUGUUUUAAUGCAUCUUUUUCCAAAUAUAAAUACAAAUAGAGAACCACUUCCUUGGCUUUUUGGGGCUUGUUAUUUUGUAGUUUUGUAUAUUUUCUUUAUGUAAGUUUUCUAUAAGAGCAACAGUAGAUUAUUAUGACAAUGCUGAUGCAUGCAGGUCAUGUUCUGUAAGGCCUGUGGACUCUUGUGUAGAGGACAUUAAAGGUUUGACUAUUUAAAUCUA